AUGUGGGUCGAAAAGUAUCGGCCGCGGGCAUUUACAGACUUGAUGGGCGAUGAUCGUCUGCAUCGUGAAACUCUGCGCUGGCUUAAAACAUGGGAUCCAUGCGUGUUUGGACGCGAUGCGCCGCCACCCUCUGCACGCUCGGCGCGAGGAAACGAGCCCAGCACAACCACAGACCAGCACGGACGACCCCAUGAGCGCGUGCUGCUCAUGUCUGGACCCCCGGGUCUGGGAAAGACGACACUUGCGCACGUGGUGGCUCAGCAUGCCGGCUACCGAGUGUACGAAAUGAAUGCGAGCGAUGCGCGCACCGCGGGUGAUGUGCACAACCGUGUGCGAAGUGCACUGGAGUCUGACAGCCUGCAAGGGCAUGGGCGUCCGACGCUGGUCGUGAUUGAUGAAAUUGAUGGCGCUAUGGGUGGGAAUGAAGCACUAGGCACGACGGGCUUCGUACGAGCGCUCGUCCAGCUGAUUGAACGUGGCGCACGCUCGUCACACAAAACACGUCCGCUCCUUCGCCCGAUUGUUUGUAUAUGCAAUGAUUUGUACGCGCCAGCGCUGCGUCCGCUGCGUCCUCUGGCGCGGAUCGUGCGGUUCCACCGUCCACCGACGCCCAUGAUUACGCGGCGCCUGCGUGAGAUCUGUGCGCGUGAAUGUCUAGCGGCUGAUGCGCGUGGUCUUACGAUGCUGUGCGAUGUGUCGCAUGGCGAUAUUCGUGCAUGUCUCCAUACACUGGAGCUCUUGCACCGACAGGGUGGCUCGGUGCAUGUGGAUGCGAUCCAACGCGCGUCGCUAGGCAUGAAGGACAGUGUCGUCCCGCUCCAGCACAUAUGGACGCAGCUAUUCCGUGCCCUGGACCAGCCACAUUCCUCGCUGCAUGGCUCGCGAGUUCAUGCUCUUGUGCAGGAGCUGAUCUCAUACGCAGACUAUGAUCGACUUGCGCGCGGAUGCUUCGAGCACUAUGUGCAUCUCCGUGUCCCGGGCCAGGGCUGGCAGCGGUAUGAGAGUGCUCUUGACUGGCUGCACUUUUCGCAAUCGCUCAUGCACGGCGCAUGGGGUGGCACAGGCCAGGGCUCUGCAUUUGAGUUGCUGGGCUUUGUGCCUUGGGCCUUUGUCGCGUGGCACAUGCUUUUCGCGAAUGUGGCCAAUCCCAUUCCUGAGUAUCCGCCGCGCGAGGACUAUGAACGGCAUCUUCAGCUUACAGCGACGCUGGAACUUGUCGAUACGUUGCGUGGAUGUUUGCCGGCGUCUCUUGCGCCGUUCUAUUCACGGCGCACUGUGGCUUGUGAGCUGGCCCCGGCGCUCGUGCGGAUCCUGAGUCCUGACUUGAAGGUGUCGACGCCUGUCCCAACCCGAGAGACGAAGGCUGCGCUGGACGCGCUGGUUGACACAAUGCUGAUGCUGCAGCUGUCUUUUGAGCCGGACCGUGACGAGCACGGCGUUGUGAUGUACCGGAUCCAGCCGCCCAUCGAUGUGUUUGGCCAGUACGCAGGGCAAGCGUCAGGCCUCGUCGGGCCCAGUCGGCAUGGAGCAAAGCAGUACGUGCAACGUGCUAUUGAUGCCGAACAACGACGCCGGCGGACUGCUGCGGCAUUGGCAUCCUCCGGCGCCACGCUUCAGGACACAGCGGCUGCUGCUACCGCUGCAUCGUGCGAGAUGCUCCCGCCGUUUCCCACGCCAAGUGCAACGGCGACGUAUAGGGACUUUUUUGGUCGCGUUAUAUCAACACCCAAAGUACCACAGACUCCUGCGUCAACAGCCCGUGCAUCUCCUAGCGCAUCGUCUCAUGGGCCGCGUGUGUUUUACCGGUACCAUGAAGGCUACUCAAAUGCUGUGCGUAAACCUAUCAAGCUUGCAGCUUUAUUAUAG